UUUAAAAGGUGUUAUUUAUUUGUUCAAACGAAUUGUAAUAUAUUUUGCGAAAUAUGAAAUUGAUAAUUGUGGCAAUAUUAUUUGCCUGCGUCGUUGCAUGUUUCAGUGAAAAGGCUCGCUAUGAUAACUAUCGUGUGUAUUCGAUUGAAGUUGAAAAUGAACAACAAUUCGAAGUAUUGAAACGAUUCGAAAGUGGCUUGGAUGGCAUCUCAUUUUUGGAAACUCCAACUGGCAUUCAACAAAAAGCGGAAAUCAUCGUGCCACCCCAUAAAUUUGCUGACAUUAGUGAAUUAUUCGAAACAUUGAAGAUCAAAAAUCAAAUUAAAAUCGCCAAUUUGCAAAAGGUUAUUGACCAAGAGCAACCCCAACAUCUGGAACGUUCAGGUUUUGGAUGGAAGCAAUAUUAUGAUUUAACAGCAAUCUAUGCUUGGCUCGACGAAUUACUUGAACAAUAUCCAAAUGUGCUCACCAACUAUAACUACGGAACAUCAUAUGAAAAUCGUACUCUACGUGCCAUUAAAGUUUCACACAAAAAAGGAAAUCCAACAAUUUUCAUUGAAUCAACAAUUCACGCUCGAGAAUGGGUUACACAAGCAACAGCCACGUACUUUUUGAACGAAUUGCUCACAUCUUCAGAUGCAGAAAUCCGACAAUUGGCCGAUAAUUAUGACUGGGUAUUUGUUCCAGUUGUCAAUGUAGAUGGUUAUGCCUACACUCAUUCUAAUGAUCGCAUGUGGAGGAAAACGCGUCAACCACACACAGAUAAUUGCAUCGGAGCCGAUCCCAAUCGAAAUUUUGAUUUUCAUCAUGCAGAGGUUGGUGCUUCAACAAACCCAUGUGCUGAAACAUAUGCAGGACCAAAACCUUUAUCUGAACCAGAAAUUCUUGCUCUAACCGAAUUUAUCAAAACUUUUGAUAACAUUAAAUUAUACAUUUCCUUCCAUUCUUACAGUCAGUUAUUGCUGUUUCCAUAUGGGCAUACUCGUAGACAAGCACCAAAUCACAGUGAUAUGAUGCAAAUUGCACGAAAAACAAGAGAGGCUAUUGCAAAGAGAUACAAAACAGAUUACACAGUUGGUCCCAUUGCCACAACGAUUUAUUUGGCUUCUGGAAGUUCAAUCGAUUGGGUAUACGGUACUCAAGAUGUUAAACUCUCGUUCACUUUUGAGUUCAGAGACAAAGGACGCCAUGGAUUUAUACUCCCAGCCGACCAAAUUAUACCCAACUCAUUAGAAAUUGUUGAUGGUUUAAAGGCGAUGGUCGAAGAGGCCAAGGCUCUUAAAUACUUAUAAAAUAAAUGUGAAAUAGAAAUAUUUUCGAAAAUUAUGAGUCAAAAUGUACUAAUUCGAUUAAAAAACAUAA